AUUUAGAUUCAGAUUCAGCAGCAAUCGCAGUUCGCAGUUCGGUGCGUGCGUAUUUGGCGGGUGAGUUCGUUUUGUGUAUGUGGCAACAGUUGCUGUGCGUUUCCUUCCAGAGGUUCUCCCUCCAGAUUUAUUAAGUUCAAUUUGACAGCAGGAAAUAUUCAACUGUUAAUACGAAAUGGCUAAAAGGACAUUCCUCCGUCGAAACUUACUAACCAUAUUGACGGUAGCCGGAGUGGUAGGCGGCACGCUAACCGGCAUCCUCAUAAGGGCAACUACUGGCAACCACUGGAGUAAACGGGAUGUCAUGUACCUCGCUUUCCCUGGCGAGAUAUUCCUCCGGAUGCUAAAAUGUCUCAUCAUUCCAUUGCUCAUGUCAUCAGUCAUUCAAGCGAUAGGAUCACUAGAUUUAAGUUUAUCGAAAAAGAUAGCUAUGCGGUCGAUCUUGUAUUACGCGACGACCACGGUCUUCGCGGUAGUGUUGGGAAUCGUCUUAGUGUUAACGAUAAGACCUGGUGUUGGUGCUACACCGUGGACUGGAGAUGCGUCUGAGAGAGUGACACGGCAUGUGCUUACGCAAGAUACUCUAUUGGAUCUUAUACGAAACUUAUUUCCACCAAACAUCGUCCAAGCAUGUGUCUCGCAGUCGCAGACAUUUCUGACGCUUCCAAAAAACGAAACUGUAAAGAACAUGGGGCAUGAGUAUUGGAAGUUCGAAGAGAGGUAUGAGCCGACAACAAACGUCUUGGGAUUGGUCGUAUUUUCCAUUACUUUUGGAAUCUCUUUGGGGAAGAUGGGAGAACGAGGGAAGAUUUUGUUGGAGUUCUUUAAUGCACUUAGUGAAACUAUGAUGAUAAUUACUAGCUGGGUAAUUUGGAUUUCGCCAGUUGGAGUAUUCUUCCUGGUAGCCGCUAAAGUCUUAGAAAUAGUGAGUUUCGCUGAUCUCAUUGGCAGGCUGGGUUUAUACUUCGCAACCGUAUUAACUGGAUUAUUUUUACAUGGAUUUGGCAGUCUGUCCUUAAUAUACUUUUUAGCUGUGAGAAAGUUACCUUUCAAAAUUAUUGUUCAGCUUAGUCAAGUUUUAGUAACGGCAUUCGGCACAGCUUCUAGUUCAGCAACGAUGCCUAUCAGCAUCCAAACUAUGGACCAGAUGGGAGUAGAUCCCAGGGUCACCCGGUUUGUUAUUCCCAUUGGAGCGACUAUCAAUAUGGACGGAACGGCACUGUAUGAAGCUGUAGCUGCUAUUUUUAUAGCGCAACUUAAGGACAUACCACUUACGUUUGGGAAAACUGUUGCAGUUUGUGUCACAGCGACAGCGGCGAGUAUAGGAGCUGCGGGCAUUCCACAGGCUGGCCUCGUUACUAUGGUUAUGGUACUAGACACGGUGGGACUCCCUUCAGAGGAAGUCAUUAACAUCAUUGCAGUAGAUUGGCUUCUGGACAGAUUUAGGACAACUAUCAACGUAAUGUGCGACUGUUUGGGCGCACAAUUGGUAGACUACUUAAGCGUGGGCGAACUCGGGGCUUUAACAGAAUCUGAUAAAGUUAACGCUCAACCUCAAGAACUGAUUGAAAUAUCAAAAGUAGAUAGCAACGUGAGUUAAGAAGUUUUAGGAAAAUUUUAGUGUUUUGUGUUACAUGUCGACGUGUGUCAGGGUUAAGUUAAAAGUGUCUCUUGACUGAUGUAAAUGAAAACAGGUAGCACGCUAAGCAUACACAGAAAACAGAAAAAAUAAUUUAGGAAAUCUAAACAUUUAAUGAUAUUGGAGAAUUACAUUCCAUGCGUUACUUAUUACAAGAUUUUUAGUUUAAAUUAUAAAUAAUUAAUAAACAUAAAAAUUAUAAAUAAUUAAUAAACUGAUAGUCUUGGCACCCGCAUGGCUUAUGAUGGUCUUUAAAAACCUCGGAGGUUGUUACCAGAGAAGUUUCCCACUGUUUUCAAUCUGUUGGUAUGUAGAAUGAUAUUUAUUGUCGUUUUAUGUAUUAGUAGAUUGAAAACUUAGUUUGUUUCUUAGCAGAUGUAAGCAAACAAGCAAUAGUGAUUAAUCUAGACUGACAGACUAGCUCAUCCCUUAAAAUGACAUCUGGGUGAUACAAUUCAUUGGAGCGAGCAGGAUUAACUCAUGUAAGCAGGCCUACCCCGAUCAACGCAGGCCAGCGUUAGGCCGCGUUCAGAGUGGACGAGCAAAGAGCAAAGAAGUGCUAAUAGCGGGUAGUUACGCUAGACGAGAGUUUAGUUCUUUUCCACUCGGCAGGGUAGGAUAUUUGCUCUUUACUCUCACAGUAGUUCAUGUAGUGAGACCGCUCCCGUCUGAAAAAAUUUCCGAUUCGGUCUCUUUGUGGAUUCCUAUUUAAAAAUAUUUUAAAAUUUCCUUUAAACAAAUCUGAAGGGUGUCGGGCGGGAUUUUUGGGCAGAAAUUGUUUAAACAAUUUUUUUAAACAAAUACAAAAGAUCACCUUUUUUGCUCUGGAACAUAUAUUUUUAAGUUUUGUGGGUCAUUCUAAACAACAAAGGUAUCUUGUAAAUGUUCUCAAAAAUUGAUAGUUUUCGAGUUAUAGGCAAUUUAAAAUCUGAAAAAUGCGAAAAUACGCAUUUUCGAGGCCUAAAAACUCAUAUUUAAAUUAGUAUUUUUGAGGUUGCCAGAUACUUAAAUUGAAGUUUAAACAUUGAGCUUUAAGACUCUGAACUGAAGAGUGAUCGCGUCUAACCUUAAUUUAUACCGUUGUUUUUUAAUUGUUAAAUAUGCGUGUUUAUCCGAUUUUUUUGCCGGUGCGGCGCGCUCUAUUUCAAAAAUCUCCUAUUUUCCUCCGAAAAUUAUUUUUUCUAGAUUUUUUGGGAUGUUCUAAAUAAAAUAAGUUUCUUGACAUUUUUCUCAAAAGUUAACAGUUUUAAAGUUAUAAGCGAUUUAAAAUCCAAAAAUGAGUCUUUUAUUAACUUAUAACUUUAAAACUAUUAACUUUUGAGAAAAAUGUCAAGAAACUUAUUUUAUUUAGAAUGUCCCAAAAAAUCUAGAAAAAAUAAUUUUCGGAGGAAAUAGGAGAUUUUUGAAAUAGAGCGCGCCGCACCGGCAAAAAAAU